CGUCCCCGACGGAGCAGGUGGAGACGCUGGAAGUGCCACGGGAUGACGUGGAAGAAGCCAAGGCAGUGCCAUUGUCCAGCCGCGUGCUCAGGAGGAUGGACGAAUUCAGGGCCGGAGGAAGCAACCGCAUGUGGUGGACUGUGUUCUGGGUGUUCGUGGCGGCCGCUGUGGGGUCGAGACUACACUUCAUCACAAUGCCUUACAAAGUCGUGUGGGACGAGGCGCACUUCGGCAAGAUGGUCAGCUGGUACAUCAACAGAACCUUCUUCUUCGAUGUCCAUCCCGUGGGAGGCAAGGUAGAACACCCUCUUACCGUACAAACGUUACAAUGUAUUAUUAUUCUUUUCUAUGUGACCUUUCGUCAGGGAUGUGCUUUGAUGGGCGCUGCGUUGGUGCCCCUGGGAUUCCACAUCGUCUGGACGCUCACCAAGUCCCUUCCGGCGUCUACCUUUGCUGCCGGCCUCAUCACCUUCGAGGUUGGCACGAUUACACUCAGUAAGUUCAUUCUGCUGGACCCGCUUCUGCUGUUCUUCAUCAUGGCUUCUUUUCAUGGCCUCACCUUCAUGCACGAAGCAGCUGAUAGGUCCUUUUCGAAGCAGUGGUGGUUCGCCUACCUUUACACAGGCGCGAUGCUGGGAUGCGUAAUGAGUGUCAAGUUUGUAGGCCUUUUCGUCGUUCUAGUUGUAGGCCUAUAUGCUGCCCUUGACCUCUGGCAGAAACUAGGAGAGCUCGAUAGGCCAUUGCUAAGCGUAGCAACACAUUUCAUGGCUCGGGUUUUGACGUUGAUAUUGUUACCUGCCGCAAUCUACGUCAGCGUUUUCUUCAUCCAUGAUCAGCUGCUCUUUAAAGCAAAAACUCUUCACGCGGCGGACGAGGGAACUUUCAGUCCAGGUUUCCAGAUGAGGCUGAAGACGAACUUUCUGAACAACUUAACGCAGCCCAAACAAUUGGCUUACGGCAACGUCAUCACCCUCCGGAACGCCAAUUUGGCCGGCAUCUACUUACACAGCCACAAUGCUACUUACCCACAAGAGAAAGUGGGGAAGAAUAAGCAACAACUUACGGGCUUCGGUGCCAAAGAUGUUAAUAAUUACUUCAAGGUACUAUUCCCCGAAGAGGACCCCGAUCUGGAGAAUAGUUUCUAUGAUGGUUUACCCGAGUAUGUGAUGAACGGCGACUGGGUGCGGCUCUACCACUUGACCACGCAGUCCUUAGUCUCCUGCGAUAGGAAUAUGUCUCUCGUGACCAGGAAGCACAAUCUUGCUUAUGCUAAAGCUUACAAUCUAACUGACCCUGCCGUAGCUGCUAAGAUUAACAGAGCUUUUGACGAUGAUCCAGAAGCAUCCGUUUCCAAUCCAAAUGUGACCAUGUGGCAGCUCUGGUCAGUACACAUCGUCGGGGGCCAGCCAGGGGAGGCCGUGAAGGUACUCGAUUCACGCGUCAAGUUCAUCUGCCUCCCACUGACCUGUGCUCUCACCUGGAGUCGCGAGAAGCUCCCUCUCAAGUGGGGCUUUAACCAGCAGGAGAUAACGUGUUCCAAAAAUGUUAUGGACGACCAUACCAAUUGGAUGGUAGAACUUAAUCUGAACCCGUACCUAAAAAACGAAAGCUUUUCCCACCUGGAGAGCGGCUUCUUUUCGAGAAUGAUCGAGACCCACCGAGUCAUGACCUUCAUCAAUGCUCGCCUGAAGCCAGAAGGCGAAGACCGUUACAACUCUCACCGGCCUUGGAUGUGGCCCUUCUGCCUCAAGUCUCAAGUAUGGUUUGAUGUUUACUUCCGCAUCGUGCUACUGGGAAAUCCUAUCAUUUUCUGGAUCAAUUUGGUGUUCCUGGUGGUUGUCCCCGGCCUCAUUAUUGCUCACUACUACCGGCUGAAGCGAGGGCACACUGACAGGCCGCAAGUCAGAGUACACAUCGUCGGGGGCCAGCCAGGGGAGGCCGUGAAGGUGCUCGAUUCACGCGUCAAGUUCAUCUGCCUCCCACUGACCUGUGCUCUCACCUGGAGUCGCGAGAAGCUCCCUCUCAAGUGGGGCUUUAACCAGCAGGAGAUAACGUGUUCCAAAAAUGUUAUGGACGACCAUACCAAUUGGAUGCCAGAAGGCGAAGACCGUUACAACUCUCACCGGCCUUGGAUGUGGCCCUUCUGCCUCAAGUCUCAAGUAUGGUUUGAUGUUUACUUCCGCAUCGUGCUACUGGGAAAUCCUAUCAUUUUCUGGAUCAAUUUGGUGUUCCUGGUGGUUGUCCCCGGCCUCAUUAUUGCUCACUACUACCGACUGAAGCGAGGGCACACUGACAGGCCGCAAGUCAGAGAACAAAAAGAGAGGAUGAUCUUUGCCUGCAAGUGGCUCUUCCUGGCCUACCUGUUCCACUACAUCCCCUUCUACACCAUGGAUCGCAUUCUUUACUACCAUCACUACUUCCCUGCCCUCCAGUUCUCCUCCAUGCUAACAGCCGUAGUAUUUGGUUAUCUCCUUGAAUCAUUGGACACUUGGCUGCCUGUAAGGAAAGCACGUCUGGCUUUCCACUGGGCCACUGGAGUCUUCUUUGCCAUCGUGCUCUACAGCUUCCACUUGUACUGUUACGUUGGAUAUGGACACCCAACUGUCAGUGGCUUCAACCCGGACAAUUCCACUUUCAAAAAUAUUAGAGUCUUUGAUUCUUGGGAAAUUUAGGAAAGAGGAUACCAUCUUGUAUCUAAGAAUUGUUGAAUAUUUAGGUCCUGUUGUUAUUGUCUGUUUCAUUUAAAUAUUCAAUAUAGAUUUAUAUUAAGUUAAAAGUAUAAGCCUUGUUACAUAGUGAUAAAAGGGCAUUUAAUAAUUAUAUGUACAUGUGGGAUUUUUAUUUUACUUGUGUUGCCAUAUAA